GGCAUGCUGCGGGAUGGGGGGGGGUUGGCUUCGGUGGCACUGGUGUGCACUGCUACAAGACUGUCUGCAGGGAACGGGAUGAUGAUAAUGCUAUAGAAAUGCAGCCACUGUGUUUCCAGUGUCCAUGUUAACAUAUGGAGAGAAGAGAAUUGGAUAGGCAGUAUAAUAAUUGUCAGAUUAAUAUGAUUUUUGACCAGUGAUGAGUUAUUAAAACAAAUUCUAAAGGCAAUGCACAGAUGACAAGGAUUAUUUGUUUGCCAUCUCUCAUCCACCUGCUCCCCCUCCUAUUGGUCCAGCUUAUUCAAUCAUGAAGCAGAAUCGUAAAUGUUUACAAGCUCUGGGUGAUCCAUAAUUGUCUCUUGCUUUUAUGGUACUGUCUAACACAGCCCCCUGUUCCUUUGCUUGAUCUGAUAUGGCUGCAGAUAGCCUUAGCAUAGCAGUGCAGUGGGGUCAUUAUGAUAAUAUGUUUCAUUCAUUAUAAAGAAUAUUUAUGUGAUGUUGUGUGCUGUGGAAGUGGGAAAUGAGGGUGGGGUGGGGCAGAGGAGGUGUGCUGAGCUGAAGGGGGCCAGCUGUAUUUGGUGAUGAGUUUGGCAGGUUGUUGCCCUUUUGGGUUGUCUUAUUGCCCCCAGGGUAGAAGGGAGGGUUAGGGCAUUCCUCUCAGGUCCUCACAUGUUUGCAUGGGCUCCAGCGUAGCGUCACCCACAGCACAUCCAAACACCUGUCAGUUCAAACUGGCCAAUGAGAAAAAGUCUAUUGGAGAACAGAGAGACGUGCUAUGCUCCUCCACAAAAAGAAUCUCAAUGUGACUUUCCAUGCUCUGGAAUAAUGCAAAUAAUAAUGUGAAUAAAUCAGAAUAAUGCAAGAAAAUGCCAUCCAUUUUUGUGGAAGGUGAUUGGGUUGGCCUGAAUUAUGAAAGCUUCUUAGCUUUGAAGGAUCUACAGAAAUCAAAAUGCUCUUCGCCUCAUUGGGGGGCAUUGCAUUGGUUUUGUGUAUGUGCCUCCUAAUGUGAUCAUUUUAGUGAUUGAUUUUAGAUAUUUUCAGAAUGUCUGCUGUCUUUUUUGCACUGUUUCUUUAAAUAGCACUUGCUAAGUUACUCUGUGAGACACUAUACAACUGCAACAGCAUAUGAAUGACUCACAAACAAUAUCAUGCUCACAAAGGCAUGCAUUGUGCAUGCUUUAUGAAGUCCUUGUAUAUAUUGUAUUAAUCUGGCUGGUGAUUGGCUGGCUUUAGGUCUCCAGCUGCCCUAUCCUUACAGCAUCUGUACAGUAUCUGGUGUGGCAUUGUACUGUUCUGGCAGCCCUUUCACUGGUGCUGACUGAUCUAGUCUCUGUUGUUUUUUUGUGUGCACCGUGGUAGAUCUAUCACCAUACCUCAGAGCAAGCAGCCACAGCUAACGCUUCACAUCUGGUUUGGUGACUUGUAACUGUACCUGAAUAUUUGGUUAUUACGCUUGCUUAGUUUUUUUCCAGGUAAUUAGACUACCUCCUACUCACCUCCACAGGUAACAUGCCACACAAUAGCUCAGUGUAUAGCAGCAGGGGCAAGAGAAUCAGCAGUAUGUGUAAAUCAGCAGUAAGUGAUCCUUAUUCUGAGGUAGAUGAGCUCAUUCCAGCUAGGUGUCCUUAAUGGACGAUGUCAUCCACUGAUGUCAUAAUAUGAGCUUAUUUGUGCCCACCCUCCUUCCUGUGUCUGGGGUCCUUGCAGUUUUCUGUCAUAAAUGAAUCAUGUCUCUAGCUAAGAAGCGUAGCACUGCGGUUAUGUAAGACAGAAGUUUUAUUCCCGCUUGUACUACACUAUUUAUGAUAGUAUUCUGAGUUCAACCCCCCCUCCCAUGAGUCUUCAUGGGAGGGGGGUUGCAAUACCCAACAGGUCAGUUUGCUGUUCUGACCACACCAGUAAUUUUAGCGUCUCUUAGCCUUCGGCCUGUGUUUUCCCCACCUACUGCAUUAUCUGACUGAUACCCGGACAGUUCUAACAUUGACAGUUACCCUACUGCAGAGAGAACUGCACCUGGAGUACACGUGGAGGCGACUAGCACUCAUAACAAAAAAGGCUAGACACUCUUACAUUUUCAAAUAUCAGCCGUUGUUUUGCUCCUGGGGGUGUAUUUAUCUACCCAGGCAUGCGCUGUGCAGUGUCUCAGCACAGCUAUCACAAGAAAUCAGAAUCAAGUCUUUGCCUGCUGUGUGUGUGGCACUUUCGGAUCAGUGAGUCUGCCCUUCGGAAGCCCGAGUUCCCCAGGGGACGUAUCAUCUCAAGUCUAUUUGUAACGUGUGCAUGCGUGUGUGUGUGUGUGUGUGUGUGUGCGUGUGCAUACGAGUGCCUGUGCGUGUGUGUGUGUGUGCGUGUGUGUGUGUGGGGGGGGGGGUUGUUUUUUUCUUACUGCUUCCAUCACACACACCUUAAGCUUUCUGUGCUGUGGACCUUCUCCUCUCUGAAUUGCCCUGGUAUUUCCCUGAGAGGGAAGGGGGCAUUGGUCGGCCACUGGACACAUCUGGCCAUCCUACAUUGGAGCAAGCAGCAAACUGCUCUCUUCCCACCUCUUUCUUUUUGGACAUUUUUUAUAUAUAUUAUAUUUUCAUUUUAAUGCAUCUUGGAAAAUGAAAAUAGAAACUAUUUACCUGGGAACAGUGCAAAAGGUAUAAUUUAAUGACAAUAAUUUAAAAAUAAUAUAAUAGGCUUUAUUCUAAUAUGCUCUGUGAGUUCUACAGGGAUUUAAGUCUUCGGUGGACAAGCCGAUGUUCCUCUGGGGUUUAAGUCAAAUUCAAAUUCAAAUAUACUUCAUUAGCUUGACAAUGUUGUAGGCUGUAGUUAGUUCACCAGGAGUGAGUAGACUGUCUCAUGUGACCUUGUACAUUGCAGUUGUACAGUAGGUUCCUUAGCUAGAGGCAGGGGCCAUUAUUAUUAUUUUUUUAAUAAUGAUAAGAAGAAGAAGAACAAGAACAAGAAGAAAGCACCAUUUCAAUAUGGGAGUUUACUCCCACUUACUGUCCCACUGGGCUGUGGCAUACCACCACAUACUGGGUAGCUGUUCUUUGUGUUCCUCUCCUCUAAAGGAUUGCUACUUAAGAAGCCUUUUAUCAAAGACUUGCAUGGGGGAGGGGAUUGUAUUAGGACAAAUGUCUAGGAUAUAUGACAUCUCUGUUUGAGCAAGCAGAAAGAUUUUUCAGUCCCAAUGUUUAGGAAUUUAGAAAGUACCUGACAGCAGUCCAUUCAAAUUUUAGAAAACUCCACAAGGGAGUUGGUCAGGCCUUUGUUGUCCUCCAUAAAUAACCAUGGAAUUCCUGUUUUGGGAUGGUCCCAAAAACUAGAACCCCACACCACAGAGCUGUUUUCACAAGAUAGUGAAUGUACAAACAAUAAAAUAAAAAAACUGGCCCCAAGGAUUAUGGUACAAUGUGUUGUUUGACCAUGAUCAGGCAAAACCAGUUUUUCACAAACUACAAGCAAACAGCACACAGCGUUUUUUUUAAUCUCAGUAUGUGUCUACUUUUUUCAUUGUAUUCUUCCACCAAAGACUUAUAACAAACUCCUCUCAUAUUUCAAACGGAAAUUUCUAUUUCAGGAAAAAAAUGAGUGUGCAUAUUUAUUUUAGGAAUAAAUCAUUUGAAUUAUUCCCAGGCCAAGCAGAGCUCCCAGCCAACAUUUAAACAAUGAAAAAUAUCAUGUAAGUUAUCCCGUGGGCUUGGCUUAUUAUUAUGCCUGAUGCAAGAUGGCCGGCAGGUAGGUUUGUUGAUCGCUUUCCCUGGAACUGCACACUGUGUUACUGUAGCAACAGCUCUGUGGCUCUGUUCCAUUGCUUCUCUGAGGCAUAUGUCUAGAGUCUGCGUAUGAUGAAUAUGUCUACUUCAUGUUAUUAUGCAAAGUGGCUUUCAUUCUAAAUGCUGCUGUGUGUGUGUGUGUGUUUUAAAAGAAAAAAGAAUGCUGUAUUUGGUUCUUGCAGCAUCUGAAGGUAUCAUCUACAUCAAAGCAAGCAGCCUUUAUUUAUGUUUCUGCUUCAUCAAGUGGGGUUGAUAAUUACCCUGUAAUGCAUCGGGCUUUCAUUUUUAUUCACAUAAAUUAUAGCUACUGCACUGGCUGAACCUAAGCUUUACAGAAUUAUUUGUUGUGAUGUUUCCCCCUUGUGGGUGAAAGUGAAAGUAGACAAGAGUAUUGCGAAUCAGAAAUGUUGAUACUAGCAACAAAUCUUUAAAGCUUUCUCUCUCAGCUAAGGAAACAGAUUAAUGCUAUGGAUCAUGUAAGCUGUAUCGCUCAUCACUUUGGAUAAGAGAACCGGCUAAGUGAUUGUAAUUAAAUGCAGUAACCUGUCGACAGGUAGACACCACCAGCAAAUGAAAAACUCAGAAUCUCUAAUGUUACUGUAUUAACAACUCUUUUUUGUUACAGGAUAUGAAGGUUUUAGUGAAUUUAGUGCACUUUUAGGUGCAUUACGUUCCAAUGAAUAGAAUGAAAAAAAAACCAUUUUUUAAUCUUUAAUAAUUCAACUGCCAUAUGCGAUGUGAAAGGCCUAGAGAAGAAUUCAGUAUCAGCACCUCCACUGUUACCCGGCAACCUCUGACCCUUUGACCUGUGUCAUUCUGUCCUGUUCACUCUUGUCUCUGAGGACCCCUGAGUGAGGCUGUCCUUCACUUUGCCUGUUUGAGAUCCCUGAUGAGCUCCCGUAUUGUAGGUAUUCAGUGAAGUGGACGAGGAGGACAGUAACAGUAGUUCAGCAUUCUGCCUGCAGGUGGAGCACGCUGGGAUCCGUACAUACUACUUCAGUUCUGAGGGUCCAGAGGAGCAGGAGGCCUGGCUGAAGGUUAUGAGUGACGCAGCCCGCAUGACCAUCACACCAGCUCAGAGGAACAAUAUGGAGAACAUCCCACCAACAGGACUGAACAAUGCCACAGCCACCAGGAGAGCAGAACCACAUCAGCGGGGGGAGGGUGACGGGCGGGGAACGGAGCUCCGGGAGGGCAAGAGGGGCGUCGGCAAGGCGGAGCAGGAACCACCUGCGUCGGCCCCAGCCUCGGACAUGGAUGGGCGGAGUGGGGAGAGGGGCAGGGAUAGAGGCGGUGCUCCCCAGCCCAACGGAUGGGGUGGCUACGGCGUCUACCAGCCCCAAGAGUCACGGGACCAGUGGGAGGCCCGGAUGCAGCGUGAAAAUGCGUACCUGCACAGGGGGUUCGCUCCUGCACCCCACCCAGUCUCUGACAGGGUGGUGCAGAGGCAGAACUCCAUGACACAGCUCCAGCAGUGGGUCAACCAGCGAAGGGGCGUGCCCGCACAAGAGGACCUGCAUAGCCCCUCUCAGUACUAUGCAGUAAAUCGGGGAGUCCCCUCAGACUGCUAUGGCGUUUAUGGGGGUCCCCGCUACGUUGAAGAUUAUGCCCUAUACACCCCGGGCGGCAUGCGCCCCGACAGCAUCUGCUCUGUUUCGGGGGGGUUUGACCGCCUCCCUCCCCACUGGACCGCGCCGGAAGACAAGCGGCGGUCUCUGCGGGAUGGGCCCCUGUACCCCCGGGUGUCCCCGUGGGGCCCCCCGCCCCACCCCCAGCACCCCGGGGGGUACUAUGGCCAGCUGGCACAGACACAGAGAGGCAUGCAGCGGUUGAGCAUGCAGCCUCGCUCGCGCUCCGUACCCCGAUCCCCCUCCUCUUCCUCCCCCCAGACACCCUACUCCCCCAUACGCUCCCCCAGCGCACGCUUCGAACGCGACCGCGACGACAUGAUCUACACUGACCCCUCUGUCUACGGCCUCAGGAGGUCUGUCAGCUCACCCAAGUAUGAAUUUCAUCGAGACAGCCAUUCUAUGAGCUCCGGACUGUACCAUUAUAACUACCCAGGCUCCCUCCAUGACAACAUGGAUGACAUGACACACCUGCAGCUACAGAGAAACCUGGACUACCUGGAGCAACAGCAGGUGGCACCAUUCCAUGAUGUCUACACAGACCUUCCCCCUGCGUUGGGUGAGAUAGAUAUCGAUAGCCUCUUGGGUCGCCUCUGUGAGCAGAACCGUCUCCUGAAGGAGCAGGAGGUUCUGGUCCAGCGGCUGCGAGUUGAAAAGGACAACCUGGAAGCCAGUCUGGUGGCCACCCACCAGGAGCUGGAGGUGUACCGUGGGCAGCCGGCGCUGGCCGAUAAGCUCCACCUGAAGAAGGAGACCCUGCAGAACCAGCUCAUCAAUAUCCGAGGGGAGCUCUCUCAGGCUUCCAGUGCUUUGACUACCACAAGGAUGGAGUUUGAAGUGCUGGAGGACGAGGUGAACACCAUCCACGGUGACCUCUGGGAGCAGCUAAACGCUGGCGGGCAGAACGAGGUGGUCCACAGACACUUCCAGAAGGAGUUCUGGAAAAUUCAGGAUGUGCUGGAGGGCCUACACAAGAACAAUCCAUCCAGAGGCACUGACACAGCCACACACAGAGUGGCCAGCUUGGCUUCAGGUUCCUUCAGCACAAACAGUCCUGCCAGCCCCCUCAGCUCUACCAGCCUCACCAGUCCUCUCAGCCCCUUCUCGCCAGUCUCUGGGUCACAUGACUCGCCCCCCAAGCAGGUGGGCAUGGAGGAUAUCAGUCCCCCACGGCCCCCACUUCCCAAAUCCUACCUCCCACUGGAGUCCCCUCCCCCCUUCCCUCUAUCCACCUCUCACAUGAGCUUGGACAGGAGCUCCUGGCUCUGUCGCAUGGAGGAAGACUAUGAGGAAGAGGAAGAGGCCCGGCGCAGACAGUAUAAAUACACUGUCCACUCUGAUACCUCUUCGGGGGGUAGGACCAAUAGCAGUGACCAGCAGAAGCCAGAGGAUGACAGGCAUGCCAGCACUAAUAAAGUUGGCAUUGUUCCACCCAGAACAAAGUCUCCCACAGGAGAGGAGACAAAGUCCAUCCCUCCCUCACAGCAAGGGGACAGCGCAUUGGCCAACGGACACAUUUCCAGGGGCCGCCCAAAGAGUGCUGUGUUCUCCGCGGAGGUUAAGUCCAAGAUGAGCGUGGAGGAGCAGAAUGCGAGGAUCCGCCGGAAUCAGAGCAACUCUGUGCGGGACAAGAGGCGGAGCCUCAACACAUCUGGCAGCCAGCAAGGCGACGCCUUCAGGCCCAGCUACAGGGUGGUGCGGCGGAGGCUGACGUCCCAUGAGGUGGAUAUCAAAGACCUGGAGGAGGCGGUACGGGGGCAGGGGAUGGAGUCCCCUCGAGAGGAGAUCGCCCGGCUGCGGAGGCUGCAGAUCAAACCUGAGCACUCCAAAUCCAAAGUCAAGAAUGAGCUGCCAAGCACAGACAAGGUUCUGAUCCAGGAGAGGUAUGUGGAGGAGGAGCCAGAUACACCACUUAGCCCAGAGGAGGUUCUGGAGAAGCAGAAAAAAGUGGAGAGAAUCAAGACCCUGAUCGCCAAAUCAAAUCUGCAGAACAUGGUUCCCUUGCUAGACGGACCUGCGGAGCGGCAGGGAGACCCAGAUCAGCAGCUACAGGAGCAGGAGAAAAGGAUCGAGAUCUCCUGCGCACUGGCAGCUGAGGCCUCCCGGCGCAGCCGCCUGCUGUCAGUUUCUCAUCAACCCUCAUCAUCAUCCUAUUUCAUUCUAGCUCAGUCCGCCCCCAGCACCCCCACCGCCGUGACCAACCUGACCCCUUCCCCUUCCGCAGAACUUUCUGACUCCUCCCACUUCAUCAAGGUCUGACUCCACGCAGCCCAGGCUCUUGCUGCGGUCAAAUUUAAUGGAGCAACUUUCUGAGCAAUUGUUGAAGAAAAGAAGAAAAAAGAUAUAAGGUUUUUUUCCUUUUCCCCCAUAAAGUAUAUUUUUCCAUUCAGUUAUUUUUGCAACCGUGAAAGAGGAUAUAUUUAGCAAGAAAUUAAAAAACCAAAUAAAAAAAGCAAAGAUUCUUAUCAGUAUGCAGCUUUGUCCUGCCUAAAUCCGAAACAGAUUUCUGCCACUGUGGAUGAGGGAGGAAUGGAAGUGCCAGCCUC